GGCGCUUCCUUCGCCAGGUGUGCCAAUAGUCGCACGACCGUGACGACGUGUUUUUUGCUUUCCGAGAUCUAACCAGAUCUAACCUAGGCUGUGUUCGCGUAGCAUGCUAUUAGCGCUAUCGUAUCGUUUUAUCCUUAUUCUACGUCUAAUGAUCGAUAAAGAUAGAAUGACGGAAUAGCGCCGACAGCCGACAGCACGCUUCCCGAACGCAGCCCUAGUGGUGGGGAAUAAAACCGGCACAUCACAAUGCUGGUCGUAGCGUAGGUCGUAGUCAAGUGACGGUCAGAACUCACAGUGAACUGGUGAAGACGAAUCGAUUGAGAUGCAUAUACCGGUUCUUGCUUGGUACUGAAUGUCGAAAAUUUCAAUCAUCAUAACCGUCCAAAAUUGAAGCGUCGAGGGUUCUUAACGUCGUGAAAAAUAGUGAUCAAUGAAAGCUGCAAUUUUCGUUGGUAGAUCAAAUGACUGACUGCAUAGGAAAAUGUAUAGACAAAUUGUCAAAUGAAGAAUUAUAUCAAAUCACAAAUAAUGUACACAAAACUUUAACUCAUCCAAAAGGUAACAAACUUUUUGCAAUGUAUCUGGCGCAGUUUCCAGAUCGUUUAGCCUGUUUGAAUGUAUAUAACACCUGUUCAAAGUACCUGGAUGAAGAACGGAAUCAAUCAAUUGCAGGAAAUUCAUCGGAAGAGUCACUUGAAACUCUCAUCACUAAAGUUGAAAUGAUAAAGGAAACUGUCGAUGACAUGGAUGAAAUAGAUCUUAGUCUUAUGAAGCAAUUCAAGGAUGCCUUAGAAACAAAAACCAAAAUAGCCUUACUCACUGUAUUAGAAAAUACUCAAGCGCAAUGUCAACGUAGUUUAUCCGGAAAAAUACACGAACGUUUUGUAGAUCAUAUUUUACAGUCUAAAAGUACAUGUACUUAAAAUUAAUUUUCAGAAAAUGUAUAUUUCGAAGAACUAUGAUUCAUUCUUGAUUUGUACUCUAUUGAAUAAUCAAACAGUUCAAAACUUAGGUGGAAGAGAUGUAACGUUCUGACUUCUUUGACAUAGUGUUGCAUUGUGUUGACAAUCACGAGCAGAUUGUUAUCCGAAUUCAUUGGUAUGUCUGUUGAUUGCAGUUAAUAAGACAUGUUCACUUUAGUUAUCAGGUAACACAUAAUAUCACCAAUAUUCAUCUGGUAUUGCUACUGCUGUUGUAUUAAUUGUGACAGCUAGACUGCAUUCUAAAACCGUACUGAGUAACUAAAAAUCUGCAGCAUACGUAACGUAAACGUAAUAUUUUCAUAUGGUUUUGGAACGCAACCACUAGAUUCUCAGGCCUAUUUAGUCUGAUCCUAUUUUACAAUCUAGUUACUGCUAGUCAAAGAUUAAUUUUUUUUUACAUUUAUGCAUCACCAAAGUACUUGAAUGUAUACUUAAAAAGCUAAAAAUGCAAAAUAUUUUUUAAUUUAUUAAGUACACUUGUAUAAUUAGGUAAUGAUGUGGUUCCUAAUGCGAUAGACUUCCCAUAUAGCACAAACCGCAAGGGAUAUGUUUCCGUUUAGUUUCAGAAACCUAACCGUUACCUGAUGAUAACAGUGGUUAUCAUUGCAGAUAUGUAUUUGAUAUCAAACGGACACGUAUCCGUUACCGCACGAAAUGGUUUCAAUCGUCGCGUUCAUAACAUGAAAUGUAAAUACGUAACGGAUGCGAAAUCUUGUUGCGUAACAAGGAUCUGAAGUUGGUCUCAAAUAUAUACGUUUUAUCGUAUAUAUAUUCCUAUUUAUAAAAUAUUAAUUUGAAAACUGAUUGUAUAAAGUUUACUCAAUGUAAAUUGUGAACUGAAACAUCUGUAAGUUAAUCUUUUAUCAUGAUAUUUACUUAUUUAGUUUAAUUUUUUUAAAGCAUAAUAUUGUCAUGGCUACGAGAAAUAUUCAAUAAAAUGACCUUGUCAAUAAG